CACUUUCGAAGCAAAUAUGGCGGCGCCCAGUAGGCAGUACAGCAUCAUAAACUUUUCAUAAAGAUUUCACUAAAUGUUUGAAUGUGUGACUUACAAUAGAAUGUCAUUUGACCGUGGCAAAACAACAAUCACUCUGAUUAACGGGCAAUGCUUUGUUUGGAAUUCUAAACAGGCUCGCUUUCUUCGGGAGGAGCUGAGGAUUGUGGGUACUCUGUGUGGGUCAUUACCACGGGCUCCCAUGCAGAACACUCACCUAGGUCUGCCCUUACAGCUGAUGCCAGAGGAGGUUACAUUAUUACUUGAGAAAGGACUUGCAGAGGUUGUUGAAAACACAGAAGAUGUAAUUACAGAAGAGAUGAAAUUGGAAUAUAAAAACAAAGAAAAAAAGAGUUACAAAAGACAGGUUGAACUUUACACCAGGGAGCGUCAGGAGGAAAUAAAGAGAAAACUGCCGCAGAUUAUUGCUGGAAAGAAAGCAAAACGAAACAAAGUGUUGGAUGAGAGACGAAAGAAUGGUGAGAUCAUUGAUGAUUCUGAGUUUGAGAAGGAGAUAGAGAUGACAGUGGAGGACGUUGGGAUACCUACUCUCCAGGAGGCCAGUAUGCUCAUGGAGAUACCACUGGCUUGUGACCCUAGCACAACCACACCUGUACUAGUGAAGUGGACAUACCCAAAGUCUGAUAAAGAAGUGCUGCGUUAUCGGGUAUUCAGAGAUCUCUGGGACAAAGGCCAUUAUCUUACAUCUGGAUCAAAGUUUGGUGGCGACUUCAUUGCAUACCCAGGUGACCCGUCCCGGUUCCACUCUCUAUUCAUUGUGGUCUGCAAGCCUCACAGUGCAUCAAUAUCAGGUAUUGAGCUGAUUACCAUGGGUAGACUGGGAACCAACGUCAAGAAGACCAUUGUGUUGUCUUCAGUAGAUGAGAAUGAUAAACUGUGCUAUACUUCAUUACAGUGGACAGGAAUCAGUUGACGAAAAUUCUUUGUAAAGAAAUGUGAAUUUUAUGUUAUCUGAAAAUGCACACUUUUUUUACUGGUCUUCGUUACAGACCAACCCCUCUGGCUGACCAUACACCCCCAAUUAACAUAAGUUUUGAUGGUGCUGGUACUUGUAAUAAAUAUUGGAGUCGAAAAUGAA